AUGGUUAUGUAUGCUUUGGGGCUGGAGGCCCACCCAAGGGGCAGUUUGGCUGCUUGCCAUACUAUUCUUGGUAUUGGAUCAGUGGUUGUGGAGAUAUUUCAAAAAUUAAGUCCCAACAGCUGGAGGUUGUUUCAAGUUGGAGUUGUUAUGCGCACGGCGGGUGAGUCAGCGGAUGGGCCAGGGCGGCCGUUUUUGGUGUCAUUUGGGGCCGAAAAAGGCAGCACCUGCCCAAAUCGAAAUACUUCAGAAUUUCACGCGCGGGUCCGAAAGAGGAGCUCUCACGAUUAUCUGAUCCCUGCCAUCUUGCCCCAGAAAGUCCUCAAGUGGCUUGUUAAUAUAAUACCAGCCAUUCGGAAGGUUAAAGUCAAGUGGAGUAAUUCCUUAUCAGAUUGCUACCCGAUCGCAGUGGGCUGCCGGAAGCGAAAUCUAAAAACUCAGCAGGACAAAGGCGACAAUGAUAUUUUUCUCAGAUACAUACGAAAUCAAAGACACAAACUUUUGCUCUGUGCUGUUGGAGCCAUUGGAGGAUUGUCACUCUCCUCCUCAGCGAAGACUCAAAGCUGGCUCCCGUCAGCCAAAGAAAAGUUUCAUCCCUGUAACGGCCAAGCGUUCUGUUGGCUUAGAUUAGCGCAAACUCAAAUUCAGUCACCGAGUGGAUUGGUUGUACGGCCGCGAAAUGUCCCAGGCGGCAGAAUUUAA